AGCUCCGCCUACCUCGCCGGCAAAUGGCUAACCCUCCUUGGUUCCGGCGCCUCCGCCAUCUGCCUCGUCCUCUGCAUCAUCUGCAUCCUCGCCCUCAAACAGCUGCGGAAAACCACCUGCUGGAAGACCCGUUGCCAUCUGUGCGUGAGUCUCCUGUUUGUGCAGCUGCUCGUGAUGGGUCUCGACGCCACAGAAAGACGUUGGUUGUGCUUAGUCGUUGCUGUGUCCCUUCACUUUGCCUUGCUGUCGGCUUUCACGUGGGGGGCCGUCGAGUCUUUCAACAUGUACAUGAAGUUUGGCAGGGUAUGGCGUCCGCAGAGGUCGUUGUUCAAGUUCUAUGUGUGUGUCGGAUAUGGCUUCCCCGCCGUGGUGGUUUUAACGACCCUUGCUGUCAGUAAGACUCACGGUUAUUACACUGAGACUACAUGCUGGUUGGCACCCGGGGCGAUGAUGUGGGCAUUCUUUGGCAUCGUGGCACUGAUCCUCGCUAUCAACCUCCUCGCCUUCGUGAUGGUGAUGCGCCUGGUCAUAACGGAGGUGAUGAAGGCCAAGAGUCCUCCCCCGGCUGGCACUGAUGACAAAGGCCAGACUGACCGGGUUUGGGGCUCCCUCACUAUCUUCCUCGUCCUCGGCCUCACCUGGCUGACGGGAAUUCUCUACGCCGCUUUCGGAUCUACCGCCUUGGCCAUUAUCUUCACUCUGACCAACUGCUUGCAAGGUGUCUGGAUAUUCAUAUUCGGAAUCGUGAUGAACAGGAGGGUCCGUGGAGAUGUUCUGAGACUCAUGCUCAGCUGUCGAAGAUACGACAUGGAACCAUCGGUCAGAUUCACAGCCUCAAACACAAUGGAUUCACAGAUAGACACCGGGAAAUGAAUAUCCCUUUACUCGCCCAUUCAUUCAUUCAAGGGGCGGUCCCGGGGUG